AUGUCGAGUAAAUUGAAGAAGAUAUUCAACUUUGCCAAGAGAAAGAAAUCCUCCACCGGCACCCCCGACAAUGGCAGCGUGCUCUCUGUGGGCUACGAGUUGAAAGACAAGGACUUGGGGAAGGUGCACAAGGCGGCGUCAGUGGGAGAUUUGGCCAAGUUAAAACAGUUAGCAUCCAAACAGAAGAAUGACAUCAAUCAGCUGGAUAAAGAGAACAGAAGUGCACUUCAUAUUGCUUGUGCUGCUGGACAUGUUGACGUGGUCCAGUUCCUUGUUGAGAGUAAAGCCAAGCUUAACCUGUGUGACAAUCAAAUCCGAUCCGCCUUAAUGAAGGCGGUGCAGGGGCAGCAUGACACCUGCGCCACCGUCCUCCUGGAGAAUCAUGCAGAUCCAAACCUGGUGGACACAAACGGGAACACAGCGCUGCACCUCGCGGCCAGCAUCCCGUCUGUGGCCACGGCAGGGCUGCUGCUGGAGCACGGGGCCGACAUCAACGCUCCCAACAAGGAGGGUCUCACACCUUUGAGCGUGGCGGUCCGUGAAGAUCACGUGGAGAUGGCGGAGUUUCUGCUCAAAGAAGGAGCAGACGUCAACGCUGAAGACGACAGUAAAAGGUCGGCUCUGAUGAUGGCUGCUGGAAACGGCCAGUACGACAUGCUGCAGCUGCUGCUACGGCAUGACGCUGAUGUUUCACUGAAGGACGACAGAGGAUGGUCUGCUGACGACUACGCCACACAGAACCAACACCAUGCUUGUUCUCAUCUCAUCGAUAAUCACACUGCCCAGAAAAGUGAUGGAGCAUCUUUAUUACGUCAAGACCAAAGCAAAAACAAGAAAAAACCCUCUGGAGCCUUCCAGCGCUCCGGGGCCGGCUUCUCUCUGGAAGGACCGGCGAUCGACAAAGACGAGCAUGGAACAAAACAAGCAGGGGGAGAUGUUGAGGACGUCUCCCAGUCAGAGUCUGUGAGUCGGGUUUCAAAAAGCGGCGCUGAUGAUUGGCCCUCUUCAGAUAAUGACGAUGAAUCGCCCAUCGUUCAAAAGAAACCCAAGAAGUACAACCUAAGGCAAAUGUUUGCAUCUAAAGCUGGAGCUUCGGCGCAGCUCGACACGUCUCUGAGCGGCGUCGAGUCUGAACCAGAGCCUGAGAUAGUCCCCCACAUCGCUCCUCCAGUCCCCCAGGCCCUACCCUCCACCAGCACCCGCUCCGUCCCUGUAGACCCCCAUCCCGAGUCGCUCCCAUUCAAACCUCCACGGCUGACCUCCACCCCUCUGUCCAGCUACAACAAGAAGGGAGAGAGUGCCCUGUCUGAGCAGCCUUCAUGCAGUAAAGCAACAGAGGAGUCUCAAGAGGAAAGCUCAGAGGAGGAGGAGGAUGAGGGAGAGGAUGAUGACGAUGAAGAGGAGGAGGAAGAAGAAGAAAUCAGACUAGACGUGAAAGAAGACUGCAUCGUGUCGGCCAUUAGAGUAGAGGCCAAGCUUUCUGAUGAGGAUGACGGCACAGGGAAUUCAGAUGGCGUUGAGAAUCCAGGGAGUGCUGAAGCGAGAUCAAGGAGCCAAGAAUCCGAUUGGGACGGCCUCCGUGACCACGAGGAAGCAACGGUAGGAAAACGGAAGUCGUCGUGGGGAUCUUCAAUAGACAGCGACACCGAGUUACCCAAAGACCAUAGAAAAGUAGAGGGAAGUGGUUUAAGAACAGAUAGCCCUACUGUGGGAGGUGGAGCAACAACACAGUCAAAAGCUGUUGCUACUUCUGAACGCAAUGGAUCUCAAGUUACGGACAAGUCUAAAUCUCGGAAGUCUGAUUCAGAGUCUGACUGGGAUUCAGAUUCAGCUAAAGAUAAUGUGAUGUCUCCACAAGUCGCACGUAUACCUGAGAAAAAUGGAGCAAGCGUUCAUCCAGACGACAAUGCAGGACCAGCUUUACAACCGCUGCCGUUGGGGUCCGAAGAGAGAGAUUCGGAUGGUGAAAACAGUUGGAGCGAUCAUGAAGAAAACCUCUUCGAUACAAACAAGAUCCACCCCACACACGUCAUAUCCAGUGACGAUUCGGACAGCCAGGAUCAGAACCUGGAGUACGACGUCGCAACGGCCACGGUCCACAUUCCAGACGUCCGAGAUGGCGCCAAGUUGCUUUCGUAUGUUCCUUUUGAGGGCAGGGCUAAGAGUAGAAUCACACGUCAAGAAGAAUGGGAAGAAACACCUGCCCAUGGGUCUUCUGAUGAAGCACUGCCUCAAACAGAUAUCGACGAUGUGGACGUGGAUUCACAAGAUGGAGGUUUCAGUCUUGUCUGCUCUAAGGAAAAGAAAUGUGUCUCUCAGAAAGAAAUGUCGACGGAUGACGACAGUGAUCAGAACGAAGACUUGAAGGAUCAGGAUGAAGAGGAGGAGUCUGAGGAAGAGGGGGAGGAGCCAGAGGAGAGCGACCAGUCCCAUGGCGCGGCCUCCACCAUCCCCGAGACCGAUGCAUCCAAGGACAAAAAGAGGGAUUUCAUGUCGGAGUUGGGUUUAGAGAAGGAAGAACCAGUCCAGGAUUCUUGGGACUCUGAGUCUGAUUUGGACGACGUCAAUUUACUUCAUGAAAAGAAAGAGGAGAAAGUGGUCCAUCAAGAGGAACUGCCCACAGUCAAAGAGCAUGAGGAGGACCUGUUUUAUAUCCCCUCAUUUGUAAGAAGGGAGGGGAGCGGGAGGAGGUCUGUGCUAGAGUAUCGGCGGAGUGUAGACCCCACAGGCAGCCGGGGCGAGGUUAACAGCAGCAAUGUUGAUCAAGAGGAAAAGGACCCUGGUGAAAGUUUACAGAAAGAGAGUGAAAAGACAAAAUGGGGACCAAUUCUAAACAAGCUUGAAGGUGUUUCAGACCAAAAGACGGACCAAAACACCGACUUAAUGCAAGAGCUGGGAUUAGGAAAUGUAGAUGACAUUGCAGACGCCUCUGACUGGGACUCUGCCAGCACCGCCAGUAAACGCACUCUUCCCGGGGGCCGCAGGGUGCCUUCACCAGGGAUCGAGGAGUUCGCAGAAUCCCCUGAGCCUCCAAAGAAAGAGGAGGUUCCUAAAGCUGCAGCAGUCACACCUCAAAGCAGCUUCAACUCCAGAACAGCCAGCACCGCGUCUGCCCCUGCCUCAGCCUCAGCCCUUGCCUCUGCCCCUGCCUCAGCCUCAGCCCUUGCCUCUGCCCCUGCCUCAGCCCUUGCCUCUGCCUCUGCCCCUGCCUCAGCCUCUACCUCUGCCUCUGCCCCUGCCUCAGCCUCAGCCCUUGCCUCUGCCCCUGCCUCAGCCCUUGCCUCUGCCUCUGCCCCUGCCCCUGCCUCAGCCCCUGCCCCUGCCUCUGCCCCUGCCCCUGCCUCUGCCCCUGCCUCAGCCUCUGCCCCUGCCUCAGCCUCAGCCCUUGCCUCAGCCUCUGCCCCUGCCCCUGCCUCAGCCCCUGCCCCUGCCUCAGCCCCUGCCCCUGCCUCUGCCCCUGUGCCUCACCCACAGCCACGGGCCAGGAAAAUGACCCCUCGUGAAAGUCAAGAGGAGUCCGACUGGGACUCUGACCGGCAAAGUGACAAUCAUAUGAUGGAGGCAGUUUACCAGCAGGCCUUAGAUCAACCAGAUUCCCCAAAGUCAGAGUCCGAAUCAGCAGGAAAAAUCUCAGCAGACGAGACAGAGCCAGAGGACGAAGCACCGGUGCAUAAACACAGCAGCACAGAGACAUGGAGACACACAGAGCUGCAGCGCCUCUCUGCGUCCCGGGACAAAAGCGGAAAUCUGACUGAAGACGUGGGAUCUGAGAAACGUGAGCUUGGAACAGGAUUCAGGGAAGAGCUGACGGCACGAGCGGCUCCACAAGAACGCAAGCCAUUACCCACCAAACGCACCAACGGAGCUCCAGCCAAACCCAGCUUUCCCCUGCAGCAGAUGCACAGCAGCAGACACCACCUCCAGGGCCCUCAGGAGCCCAGAGGGGCCCCUAGACAUGUUAACGGGAACCCUCUGUCUGUGUUUGACGAUAGCUCUUUAAGUGACGUGUCUGAAGAUGAAGUCAGACUUCCUAAACAAGUCAACAAAAAUGAGAAUUCUGAGGAGGUGGAGCCGGCGGAGGACUUUGAUGAGCUGAGCCAGUCCUCGGACACGGCCACAGACGAUCUGGACUCUCCGUCUGCGGGAUACAGACACGCCGCUCUGCUGGUGGACAAGCUGGACUCCACCUCUCUGGACUCCAGAAACAUGGUGAAACUGCAGAACAUUUUCCAUGAGUACGAGCACACCAUCCAGAAGCUGAAGAGCCGCCACAGUUACCUGUCGGAUAAAGUGAACCAGCUGGAGAUGGAGAGAGUGGACACCAAAAACACACUGGACGAAGUCAAAGAUGUCAAGUCGACCCUGGAGCGAAAUCAACUGGAGCUGCAGACUGAAGUCACAAAUCUAAAGUUCCAGUUGAAGCAAGAGCAGGAGAAUCGACGUAAUGCCACAAUGAUGUACAACAGCACUAAAGAGAAGCUGAAGAGGACUGAGGAGCAGCAACAGCUCGAGGUCCAAGAAAAGCAAAAGAUCGAACUCACUCUAAGGAACUUGGAGCUGGAAAUGAGGACUCUGGUCAAUAACCUGAAGCAGGAAAGUGAGGACCACAGUGAGACUCAGAGGCUGCUGGUCCAGGAGCGCAGUGCGAGGGCCCUCCAAGAAAACCUACUGAACGGACAUCUGCGAAAACAGCAGGAGAUAGAAGCAGAGAACAAACGAAACAUCAGCAAAAGCCACCAAGCUCUGUCUCAGCUCACAGAGGCCAGCGACCGGGAGAGAGAGCUCCAUCAGCAGAACACCUCUCUCCAGGAGCAGAUCUGCAUCCUGAGAGCAGACCUGGAGCGUUCACAAGCCAACAGCAGCCUGAAGGAGAGCCACCUGCUGGAGGAGAACGAGACCCUGAAGGAGCAGCUGGAAGACUCCCGCAGAGACGUCAAAGCCAACAGUGAAGCUCUCACUCAAACUGCCUUUAACUGCAACAACCAACUCACCACGCUGAAGUCUGAGCUGGCCAUUAUGACCAACCGCUUUGAGAAUGAGAAGCAAGCUCGGGACACGCUGGAGCGGGAGCUGGAGUCCACUCGCACUCGUCUGACAGGAGCCGUGCAGGAAGCAGAGAGGUGUAUGGCGUCCAUCGCAGACACAGAGAAGGCUCUGCUGAGAGAGAAGGAGGAGAGCCAGCGGCUGAAGGACCGACUCACAGCUGAGGCCACCAGUCACCGCGAGGCUGUGAGCAGUCUGACUCAAAAACUGUCCAAAGCCGAGGCGCAGGGGAACAGUGUGGAGAACGAGGUGCACAGAGUGUCUCUGCAGCUCACAGAGAAGGGGCUGCUGCUGGACGUCCUGCAGAAGGAGAAGGAUCAGCUGGCAGCGCAGGUCAAAGAGCUGGACAAAGCUCUUCAGGCCCAGAAAGACAUGGCCACAAAGACAGGAGCGCGACAUGAAGCCACACAGGAGCGUCUGGCCCAGGCUCAAAGCGAUGGCAUGUUACUGCGGCAACAGCUGGAGGAGGCCAACAACAAAGGAGAGGCUAAAGAGAGGGCUGUGACUGAUGCACAGGAGCGCUUCAGUGACAUGCUGUCCAAGCUGCGCUCUGACUGUGAGGAGAGGGUCCUGCUGGUGGAGGAGAGGAACAAGGAGCUGGCCAGUAAGGCUGCUGACCUCAGGGACCAGGUGUACAAGUUGGAUGAAGAGAAGAAUGAGAGAGAGACAAACCUGCGGCAGCUGCAGCAGGAGCUGGCCGACUCCCUGAAGAAACUGUCCAUGAGCGAAGCCUCUCUGGAGGUGAACACUCGUUACCGUAACGACCUGGAGGAGGAGAAGGCCCGCAUCCUCAAGGACUUAGACAGACUCAAAGAAAAGCUGGCAGAGAGUGAGGCUCAGUAUGUGCAGGCAGAGAGACGCUGCAACUCUCUGAAGAGCGGCUUUGAUGAAAAGGAGAAGAAACAUGUAAUUACAGCUCAGAGACUUCAGGAGGCGCUGUCUGCCUCAGCAUCGUCUGCUGCCACAAUCAAACAACUGGAAGAUGCUGUUCAGAGGUUGGAGAUAGACAACGCAAGGCUGGAGGCAGCUGCAAAACAACAGUCCAACAGAAUCGAGGCUCUACAGAAAGGCUCUCAGGAAGCUGCCAUGGUCAGGGGGCAUUUUGAGGAGUUGGUCACAAACCUCCAAAGCAGAAAGAUGUCUUUGGAAGACCAACUCAGUAGAGAGGUGCAGAAGCAGAGCAUGUUGUCUCACACGGCUCAGGACUCGCAGGCUUUAUGGGAGCAGGAGGUGAAAGGCCGGUCCAAGUUAGGGCUGCGUUUGUCGGAGCUGGAGAAGGAAAAAGGGGAGCUGGCGUCUCAGAUGGAAAUAGAGAAGAAAAAAGUGAAGAAAAUCGCAGAACAGAAGAAGGCGGCGGACGCUCGACUCGAACAGGAGAUAAACAGGAACUCUGAGCUGCAGAAAGAAAUGUACAGGCUGCGCACUUUAGUGAAAACAGCCAAAAAGAAGCUGCGCGAUCAGGACUCCGGAGCAGAGUACAAUUCUCCAGUGAACAACCUGAGGAUGGACAUGUCCCGACUCAACCAGGACUCCAGGAAGACGGACGAGCUCCAGACGCAGCUGCAGCGAGAGAGCGAGCAGCGCAGUCAGCUGGAGAAGGACAACAGCGCCCUGAGGGAGGAGCUGUCGAGCCUGAGGCGUUCAGGACGAGCAGAGGGGGAGCUGCAGGAGCUGAGGAGGCAGAUGGAGGAGGCGCAGAGGGAGCAGACUCAGGCCGAGGAGAGAGCCAGGCACGAGCUGCAGCACAAACUAGAGCAGGUCAACCUCUUCCUGCAGACCCAGGCGGCGUCUCAGGAGGCUCUGGACCAGAUCAAAGCGGCCAAUCAGGCGUCGGUGCAGUCGCAGCUGGAGCAGAGGAUCCGUGAGCUGGAGACGGAGGUGUCCAGAGCCAGGUCCAUGCAGCAGGACAGCCUCAGCCAGAGAGACUGCAGCCGCACCGAGCUGGAGCGAUACCGAGGCCUGCACGCCGAGGAGCUGCGCCUGCGACAGUCUCUGGCCGCCAAACUGGAAAGGGCCAAUGCUCGUCUCACUGAAGCCAACUCUAAGUUACUGAGUGAACGCAGCAAGUCUCUGAUCGCCGGCAGUUUGGUGACCAGCUCUGCGCUCGGGGCUUCUCUGGGAUCGUCUGCCGGGGCUCUGGGACUGGACCGGACUCUUGGUCUGUCUCUGCUCAGUCCUGCGGGCUCGGGACACAGCAGAGGGGUGGAGGACUAUCUCACUAAGAUGAGAACUGAGUUGGACAGAAACAUAUCGAAGGAGUUGAGAAGUGCCACCGCGGAGCUGGACCUGGCCUCGGCCCGUCUCUCUCCGGUGGGAUCGGCCCUGGACCCGGUGAGCAGAGCCAAGCACGAGUAUCUGACGGUGCUGCAGAAGAACUACCACAUCUGA